AAAUUGUUCUAUUAUUAUCUUAGCUGAUCAUUGUUAAGACGUCUCUCCAACAGAGAUGGUCUGGAUUAUAUUAUGUAUUGUCUUUUAUUGUUUAACUAAACAAGGAGCAGAUGCAUCAAAAGUUAGACUUGUGGAUGGUUAUUCCCGUCACGAAAAUGGCGUUGAUAUCAUUGAAGGACGCUUAGAGGUGUACAACCAAUACGAAUGGGGCAAUGUCUGCGAUGAUGAGUUCACAAAUUUGUCCGCUAGAGUGGUUUGUCGAAUGUUGGGGUUCGACGGUGAUGCGAUGGUGAUGUUAACUUACCGUAAAGGAAAAUUGCCUAUAGUUCUUGACCAGGUUCAAUGUAUUGGAUCGGAGAAGGACAUAAUGGAUUGUCCACGUGAAAACUGGCGAGAACAUGACUGCAGUCAUGACGAGGACGUUGGCGUUCGAUGUGAGCAGAUGUGGAGUAUACGCAGGUUUUAGGAAGAUUAUGUUAUUAUGUUUAACAUAAGUAACUCAUAUCUACAAGUGUGCAACAUAAAUAUUGCUGAAGAAAAUAUUUGCCAAAUGCUUGGUUUUGAAAGCAAAUUAAUUGUCGCUGAUGACAUUCCCUCAUCCCAGGAAACAGAAGGUUUUAUGGAUAUAAACUGUAGCGGAAACGAACAGCUGUUAUCAGAGUGCACAAGAACGUAUACUUCAUAUGGGGAUUGUAUGGCCAAAUGGACUGCUUUUAGAUGUUUUGGUCAGAUACUGUCACACGGAAACACACCUUACAAUGGACGAUUAGAGAUUUAUCAUGGCGGACAAAGGGGAACUGUUUGUGAUGACGGAUUUGGCGAUAUCGAGGCAUCAGUAGUUUGCAGAUAUUUAGAAUUAUCUUGGAAUGGACGUUUUUCCUACGAGUUUAAAGAUUUGAGUGACGGUUCAAACUAUAUACUAGACGACAUUGUCUGUACCGGAAGGGAGUCAAGUAUAGUAAAUUGCAGACACACUUCCUGGAAUACUCACAACUGUGACACCAAACACAGAGAAGAUGUUGGUAUUCAAUGCUCACCAGAUGAAAUGGCUCUCACACUUGGAGGUGGAAAUAAACCUAAUGAAGGUAUCGCUCAGAUUAUGCUUGGGAAGCAGAGAACCAAUAUAUGCAGCCUAGAAUUCGACAAAAGAGAUGGCAUCGUCUUCUGUCGAGAACUAAACGGUAAUUACCGACAUGUUGUAGUAUUAUCAAGGCACACAUACAAUACAUCAUCAAAUGACAUCUACCAAGAAACUUUCCACUGUACUGGUAAUGAAACAAAGCUUGUACACUGUCCUCGCUACUCUGUAAGAUGUCCAAAUGACUCGAUGGCAGCUAUCGUUUGUGAUCCAACACCUUCUUCAAUGAAAUUAGAAGUACCAUCCCCUAUGCUAGUUAAUGAACUGGUGAAUAUAUCAUGCUCUGCCUCCGGCGGAAGUCCAGUGCCUGACAUAUGGUGGAACUGUUGUAAUCAGGACAACGCUACUGUGAUAUUAUCUGAGAAUCAGGUUAUUUCAGUUUUAGAAUUUAUGCCUUCGAGGGAGUGUAAUGCAGAAACAUGUACAUGCAUUGUUCAUCAUAAUGAGACGACGUUUCCCGAAAUACAAAAAACAGAAAUCCUUGUAGUUUAUUAUCCAGUAAGAGAUGAUUUAAAUGUAACAGUACCAAUUCUUAUUGAACAUCAACCAGACAUUUUGACAUGUGAGGUUUCUGACGGCAAUCCCUUGCCAGGCGUUUGGUGGACAUGCAGUGGAAUACCAUAUGAUAAUGUUACAUCGAUUGUCACACAUAACACAUCUACUUCAAUCUUGCAUAUAACGCCAACUGCCGAUUACCACAACAAAACGUGUACCUGCAUCGGGAAGCAAAAUAACACAACGUUUGAAGAAAUUUCCAAAACAUCAGUGUUGCAUGUGUUAUAUUCAGUAAGUCAGAUGACAGUGUCUUCCACUGACCUUUUGGCUGGACUCCGAUCUUAUCUCAUAUGCCGGGUCGCAGGUGGUAAUCCAAGACCAGAUGCAAAAUGGUUUUGCAAUGGCGAAUUGCAAACAUAUUUUUCAAUUAGAUCACCAGAUGCCGUCUUUGCACUAAUGUCAUUUAUUCCAACUGCAGCGCAUAAAGGCAAGCGAUGUACAUGUAUUGUAAGCCAGCCUGGAACAAAUUUCCACGAAAUGUCAGAAUCAUUGGUUCUACGUGUAACACGAGUAAACAAUGAAACAACAGAUCAAUAUGUGAAAGAGGAAUCAAGCACUCUCGAGGAAACGACAGCUCACCAAAAAUAUACUUCAAAUGAUGAGAUAAUAACCAGAUCUGUAACUGAAGGCUAUCAAGGAUUAAGCAAUGAAACAAAAGAUCAUUCUACAGAAGAUGGAUAUAACACUGUAAAGCAAACGACAACUUUUCAAACGUAUACCAUGAAUGAAGACACAAAAGCCAAAUCUGCGACUGAAGGAUAUACAGGAUUCAUCAAUGAAACAAAAGACCAGUCUACAGAAAGUGAAUUAUACACUGCCAAUGGAACAACAGUUCACCAAAUAAAUACUACAAAUGAAAACACUACAGUAGAAUAUGUGACUGAAAACUAUAGAAGUGACUUAAAAGUCAGCAGUACGUACAAGACAGAGCUGAGAACAGAAAUGACAGUUUCUCUAAGUACUGUAUCUAAUGAAGAACCAUCUAUAGCUUACAGUCAAUACGUCAACAAUACAAGCAAUGGCACUCUCUCGGCUGAAAUAAAGGUAAUUGAUGCAGAGAGAGAGUUAAAUCAAACACGACAAAAUGAAGUUACGACUGACAAGUCCUAUCCACAAAAUAGCACACACAGGGAUAUUGAUGAUUCACCUGGACUGACUAGGAUACAUGUAUCGGCAAUUAUCAUUGGAAUUAUCGGCAUAACAGUUAUUUGUAUCGUCAUAUUCGUCGUCUUCAAAUUAAAGAACAAACGAGCUUUAGCAAAGACAAUCGAUUAUAGUUAUGUUAAUGCCGCAUAUCAACCAAGUGGGAGCCAGAAUUGUGAAAACGAACCUUUAUUCACAGAAUAGUUGGUUUUGUCUCUAGUGUAAAACUGUGGCGAACAAGUGAAAGAAAAGUUCAGAACA